GUCAGGGCAGCGAGACUGAGCGGCCCGAAUUAGCUCAGCUUUUCACUUGAGCCGUUGCUAAAUCAAACCAGAAAGCGAACACACGGAAUCUAGGACCACCAAAACUGUACCGAGAUACAUUUGUUGAGAGUAUUCAAACAAAUUCAGUUUUGUUGCCCUCCAUGGAUGUGUUUUCUUUGAAGUGGUGAAGUCAAGCCAAACCGAUCCGUUUGGAGCGAAGAUGAGCGUGAACAGUACGGGGACGGGGUCGGCUCCGUGCCGCUUCGCCCAUUAUUUCGUGAUAUGUGGAAUAGACACAGAGACUGGAUUGGAACCAGAUGAAUUGGCGGCUUUGUACCAAUGGCUCGAGGCCGACCGCCAGGGCAAGGAUCCGGAGGCGGCAGCGACAGGGGAGAAUUUGGACCAGAGCCCGCUCAAACGCACCUUCAAGUCCAAAGUGUUGGCCCACUAUCCCGAGAAUGUGGAGUGGAAUCCCUUCGACCAAGAUGCUGUUAACAUGCUCUGCAUGCCCAAAGGCCUGUCUUUCCGGACGCAGAGAGACCCGCGGGACCCCGAGUUCCACUCGUUUCUCAUCACGCGAGAGGACGGCUCGCGCACCUAUGGCUUCGUCCACACCUUCUACGAGGAGGUGACCAGCCCGCAGAUCUGCUCGGCCAUGCAGACCUUACACCAGAUGCACCAUGCCGAGCACGCGUCCUCGAACACCGCCAACCCCUGCUCCUCAUCCUCCUCAUCUUCCUCAUCCUCCUCCAUGGACUCUCUGGCCAGCAGCUUAGAUGAAGCUGAUAGCUCCUCCUCGGCUGCGCCGUCUCCAUCACAACAGUCUGGUGGUGGUGGUGGUGGUGGUGGUGGUGGGGGUGGGGGUCGGCAGUGCUGCCAGGGCCCAGCGUACGACGCGACCCGGGACACCCUCUACGUCUCCAAGGCGCUGUGCCUGAUCACGCCCAUGCCCUUCAUGCACGCGUGCCGCCGCUUCCUGGCGCAGAUGCACCGCGCAGUCACCGCCGAGCAGCCGCCACCCUUGCCGCUGGAGAGCUAUGUGCACAACGUGCUAUACGAGGUGCCCCUGCCGCCUCCCGGACGCUCGCUCAAGUUCCACGGCGUGUACGAGCCCAUCGUGUGCCAGCGGCCCAGCCUGAUGGAGCUGCCCCUGGCCGACUUCCCCCUGGGCCAGGCCUUCCAGCUGCUGGGCGUGGAGAACCUGGUGCAGCUCUUCACCUGCGUGCUGCUGGAGAUGCAGAUCCUACUCUACUCACAAGACUACCAGCGUCUGAUGGUGGUGGCUGAGAGCAUCACCACGCUGCUCUUCCCCUUCCAGUGGCAGCAUGUCUACGUGCCCAUCCUGCCCGCCUCGCUGCUGCACUUCCUGGACGCGCCCGUGCCCUACCUCAUGGGCCUCCAGUCCAAGGAGGGCACCGACCGCUCCAAGCUGGAGCUGCCCCAGGAGGCAAAUCUCUGCUUCGUGGACAUUGACAACCACACCAUCGAGCUGCCAGAGGACUUCCCCCAGUUCCCCAACAAGCCCGAGUUCAUCCAGGAGCUGACCGAUGUGAUGCUGAGCUUCGGCCUGUCACCCCAGGGGAGGAGCGGACCCGUCACCCUCAGCGCCUACACCCCCUCCACCACCACCUCCUCCUCCUCCUCCUCCUCCUCCUCCUCGGCCAUCAAAGCCAGUGCGGGGUUGAAGAGCGCGGUGCUGAAGGAGCUGGUGGAUGACCGUCGUAAUGGGAACCUGGUGGGUGGUGAGGAGCUGGCGGUGCUGGAGCUGCUGCAGGGGAACCCCACGCUGGACAGGCUGCAGGCCCUGGCCAAGCGCACCGGCGUCACCGUGGCACGCCUGGAGGACAUACGCCGCGGAGUCAGUGUGAAGGAUGGCGAUGCAGAGGCAGAUGGAGAAUCAGGAGGAGGAGGAGGCAGGAGGUCAGCGGAGGAGGAGCAGGAGCUGCGUAACGCCAAGCUGAGUGUGCAGCUGCGCGAGGUCUUCGCCAGCCGCUUCGCCACGCUCUUCGCCGACUACGAGGCCUUCGUCAUCCAGAGCGCGCCCGACCUGGAAUCCUGGCUCACCAACCGCGAGCAGAUGCACAACUUCGACAAGGCCUCCUUCCUUUCAGACCAGCCAGAGCCCUACCUCCCCUUCCUGUCACACUUCAUCGAGACGCAAAUGUUCGCCACCUUCAUCGACAACAAGAUCAUGUCCCAGUGGGAGGAGAAGGAGCCCAUGCUGCGUGUCUUCGAUGGCCGCAUCGAUAAGGCCCGUCUCUUCAACGUGCGCGCCCCCAGCCUGCGCUCAUCCUGCUACCAGAGGUGCACCAUCCUGGAGGAGUCAGCCCAUUCCAUUGAGCAGCGCCUGGUGAAGAUUGACCACACGGCCAUCCACCCGCACCUGCUAGACAUGAAGAUCGGCCAGGGCAAGUACCAGCAGGGCUUCUUCCCCAAGCUGCAGUCCGACGUGCUGGCUUCCGGACCCACCAACAACAAAUGGUCGAAUCGCACAGCCACGACGCAGCGUCGUCACGACCGGCACAGACAGCAUAGCGAACACCUGGGGCUGGACAACGACCUCAAAGAGAAAUACAUGCAGGAGGCUCGCGUUUUGGGCAAGAAUCUGAGGCAGCCCAAGCUGUCUGACCUCUCCCCAGCCGUCAUCGCUCAGACAAAUUGGAAAUUUGUGGAAGGCCUGUUAAAAGAGUGUCGCUUGAAGACCAAGCGUAUGCUGGUGGAGAAGAUGGGGCGGGAGGCGGUGGAGCUGGGCCACGGGGAGGCCAACAUCACGGGCCUGGAGGAGAACACGCUCAUCGCCUCCCUCUGCGACCUGCUGGAGAGGAUAUGGAGCCACGGCCUGCAGGUCAAACAGGGGAAGUCCGCGCUGUGGUCUCAUCUCCUGCACUACCAGGCCCGAGAGGAGAAGCAGAGCCUACAAGCAGAGCAGCUCUCACCAGGAACAAACAGUCCAGAAAGACGAAAAUCUGAUGCAGGUCUCGGACUACCAAUGCUGCGCAUGUCCGUUAUACAGGAUAUGAGGCACAUCCAGAGUAUGAGCGAGAUCAAGACGGAUGUGGGCCGGGCGCGGGCCUGGAUCCGGCUCUCCCUGGAGAAGAAACUCCUCUCCCAGCACCUCAAGCAGCUGCUCUGCAACCACGCCUUAACCAAGAAGCUGUAUAAGCGCUAUGCAUUCCUUCGCUGUGAGGAGGAGAAAGAACAGUUCCUCUUUCACUUGCUGAGUCUCAACGCUGUCGACUAUUUUUGCUUCACCAACGUUUUCACCACCAUCAUGAUCCCGUACCGUGCGGUCAUCAUUCCCAUUAAGAAGCUAAGUAAUGCCAUGACGACGUCCAACCCUUGGGUCUGCGUGGCGGGCGAGCUUGGCGACUCUGGUGUCAUGCAGAUCCCCAAGAACGUUCUGGAAAUGACCUUCGAUUCUGCCUUCAGGCCCCACACUCACAUCACCGUUCUGUUCAAGUGUCAGAACCUUGGCAAGCUCACCACCGUUCAGUUGGGUCAUGACAACUCGGGGCUCCUGGCCAAGUGGCUGGUCGACUGCGUGAUGGUCAGAAAUGAGAUCAGUGGACACACAUACAAGUUCCCGUGUGGCCGCUGGCUGGGUAAAGGCGUGGACGACGGGAGCCUGGAGAGGGUUCUGAUUGGAGAGCUCCAGGUUCCGAGCAGUGAAGAGGAGGCGGGCCGGGGAAGCCGGACUCCACCAAUGCAACGCUCCCCCGCCACGGCCCGGCGAAUCAGCAUCACCUCCCUCAGCAGCCGCAACAGCAAACCCACUUCGGGACAAAUCCAAGAAGGCAUUGGAGAGGCUGUCAACAACAUCAUUAAACACUUUCACAAGCCUGAGAAGGAGAGGGGUAGUUUGACUCUUCUGCUGUGUGGAGAGUACGGGCUGGUGGGAGCCCUGGAGCAGUUCUUCCACCACGGCUUCAAGAAGGCCGGCAUGUUCCAGAAGAGUAUCUUCGUCUGGGACUUUGUCGAGAAAGCGGUGGAGUACAUGCAGAAUGCAGAUCAGAUGGGUGACAUGCAAGAGACGGCAGAGCCCCUUGGCCUUACCUGUGAAACCCUCUGUCGCUACGCCAACGCCAUCAAUAACUCGCCACGCAACAUUGGCAAGGAUGGCAAGUUCCAGCUGCUUGUGUGCUUAGGGGCACGGGACCGACUGCUGCCCGAGUGGCUCCCCCUGUUGGUGGAGUGCCCAGUGAUCACGCGCAUGUACGAGGAGGCGGCCCUGCUGCGCGACCGCACCACCGUCAACUCGCUCAUAAGCGUACUGCAGGCGCUCCACGACUUCGCCAUCACGCUGGAGACCUCCCUGGUCAAGGGUGUCGAGUUGUAGCAGAGAACGGGCAUCCGCACCGCAACCUGUGAACUUCUUACCCAGUUCCUUUACUCCUGACUGCCCCCCACCACCACAACAACCCCUGGAAAAAAAAGUGUUCCACAGAACUAACCAUUAAAAAAAUGGUUAACAUGCUGUAUGGAUCUUGGUCAGUUUCCACAUUUCUAUUACAUGGCAUAGUUAAGUCAACGUGUAAAAAAAAAAAGAUCCUUGCAGCUGCUUGGCCUAAUUUUUUUUUAAAGUCGGUUUUAAAGCUGCACUUUUUCUGGGCUGGAUUGGAACCUGCCCCACCCCCCUCACC